UAGUGGAGCGGUCUACUCUUGAUCGCGCUAAACACGCUUGGCGGUUUUAAUGUGACUUUUUUCUGCCCUCUUUCUCCUACAUUUUGCGUUGCAGCCGAAGAAGAUGGAUAAAGUGGACGUUCUGUACAAAAAAUACGACGUUCUGGCGUCAGCCGGAGACAAAAUAUCUGAGCACGAGGCCGACUACUUAGUCAUUUUGGAAUCUGUCAAGGGUUCGCCGAGCGAAAAGCGCCUGGCAUCUCAGUUCAUCGCCCGCUUUUUCAAGAGUUUCCCACAUUUGUCCGAGAAGGCCAUCGACGCCCAGCUGGACUUAUGCGAAGAUGCCGAUGUUGCCAUCAGAAAGCAAGCCAUCAAGGACCUGCCGAGUUUCUGCAAGGAUAGCAAGGAGUAUGUGCCGAAGAUCGCUGACGUACUGGCUCAGCUGUUGCUGACUGAGGACCACACGGAGUUGGUGGUGAUUCAGCACUCGCUGGUGACCUUGGUCAAGCUGGAUGCCCGGGGCACCCUCGGCGGUGUGUUCUCCCAGGUUAUGGCUGGUGAGGAGUUGGUACGGGAGCGAGCCAUCAAGUUCCUCUGCACGAAGCUGCCUUCCAUGGGUGCUGAUGUGCUCACCAAGGAGGUCGAGGAGUUCCUCUUCCAGGAGUGCUGCAAGGUGAUGCAGGAUGUGACGGGCCAGGAGUUCACGAGCCUGAUGCAGCUGCUGUCGGGGCUAAAGCUGUCGAAGACGAUUCCGGGGCAACAGGCGCUCGUGGAUCUGGCCGCAGAACAGGCAGACCUGGGCAAGCCACUCGGGGAGGCGCCUGGAGCAGGCGAUGGAACCUCGCAGGCAGAGGCACUUGCGAAGCUCGUCCAGUGCGUACGACAGGCCUUGCCGUACUUCUCGCCGUACGUGUCUUCAUCCAAGUUUGUCACUCACCUGUGCCAACAUGCGCUCCCUGGCCAGCCCUUGUUGAAAGCCGAGACCUUGGAGCUCCUCAAACAGUUGGCCGAAAUGGUGCCCUUUGCCGCGAACCUCUCGGCUGAGGAUCUGGAGGCGUGCCUCAAGCUGGUCUUUGAGAAGCUUCUGGAGCUUAUGCCGCUGCCUCCUGCUGGGGAAGAGUCUGAGAACUCAUCACAGCCGCGGCCUGAGCCAGAGCUUCAGCUGAGCCAUGUGGAGUGCCUCAUGUACAGCUUCCACCAGCUGGCAAAACGCAACCCCCAGUUCCUGGCGAGCGAGGAAUCGGCUGAGCGACUCCGGGACUUCAAACUCAGGUUGCAGUACCUUGCACGUGGUCUUCAGGUGUACAUAAAAAAGCUUCGCUUGGCGCUUCAAGGGAAGAAGCCGUCGGAGCUGAAGACAGAGGAGAACAAGCUGAAGGCGGCAGCCUUGAAGACCACGUCCAACAUCAACGCUCUCAUCCGGGAUCUGUUUCAUGUACCGCCCUCCUUCAAGUCCUCAAUCACACUUUCGUGGAAGCCAGUCCCCACAAAUGAGAAGAUUGGUGCCGAAAAUUCUCAGACGGUUCAGGCAGCAGGGGCAAAAGGAGAGAAGAGGCGCAUCUCCUAUCCUGAGGACACGAACAAAGGCACAAAGAGGGUAUUUGCACCAUCCAAGAACGAGCGAGAGCUGUACAGUCCUCCCAGCGGGAAGUAUAGCACCAAAGUACAAGGCUUCCAGUUGCCUGCAAACCGUGGCCGGGGCGGCUUCAACAGGUUCCGAGGCGGCGGCCGGGGCUGGCGGGGGCGGAUAUACUCGUGAGCAGCCCGGGAUGCUGGGGCCACACAUCUUCACACAAUCUCCCCCUCUUCCCUCCACCGGCGUUGCACGACGUGUGUCGCUGUCAGCAUCCAUCAUUGUCAGCUCCCUCCCCCUUCCACAUUUCUUUUUUUCUCUGUUUUUGAUGUCCAUGCACAUACUUGCCUACCUUGCAAUACCUCUCCCUCUUCUCAUCCAGUUUCAGGUGUUGGAAGAGAAGAAAGGGCCAGGCAGCAGUGCAGCCAAUGCCACAUCUGUACAGCUGGCUUAUCCUUUCCCCCCUUUUCCCUCUCUCUUUUUUAAGGCAUUUAGCUGCUUCUCAGCAGGGAGUGGAUACUGUGCAGCAGGUUUUAUUGAGCAUUGGCAAUGCUUUUUGCGAGGCAGUCCUAGUUAAGCGAGUUACCCGCUCUCCUAAACUAUCGAUUCGCCUCUGCACGCAGCAAAUUUUUCGUCUAAAGGUAAAUGUGUGUUACUUUCGCGGCAUUGACAUGCUGUUACUCGACGUUAGUGUUAUUAAAAUCGUGCUGCACUUUCUUUUUAAUUUUAUUCUUGUGAGGCCCAUCAAAGCUCGUAUGUACAUUUUUUAGAAAGUCUUUUCUCGGCUGACCCUUGUCGUGGUUUCACAGAGGGACCGACAUGUGCGACUGUUGCAGUUGUGCAACCAAUACCAGUUUUUCACACCACGGUUGCACUGCUCGGAGAGGCUAUUCUUUGUAAGUGUAACGUGAAGUGUAAAUAUUGUAAGUUGUGUGUGCCAGCAUUGCUUGAAAAGAAUGUUUCAGUCCUCGCAUAUGCUUGCCAUGUUUCUUGGAGUUGUAAAAAAAAAACAUUUCUCAUCUUCAUGGUGGCUGCAUAUUGCAGCCUUUUUGCAGCUUUGCCGUUGGCUGGCCGUUUAGCCAAGGCACGUCGUCAUGUGCCUUGUUAAUAAAUUUUGUCCACUAAAAUUAUGUCUGGGCUCAUGGUCGGUUAGAAUAAGAUGCAAUGGGAGGAGGGGUGGGAGAGGCAACAGAACUGUGGGUGAACGAUCAGCCUUCUCUAAGGUGCAUGGUGGUUGAAAACGCGAGGCCGAUUGUCGCAAUCGUCCUGUGGGAACAGACAUAGUUUCCCACAAUAUUUACUAGAAGGAACUCUGGCGCUAGUGUCUAUGGGAGCUGCAACGCGCGGCGCUUCAGCGAGCAUGGGAAUGAUGGGUAGUACACACAUUUGUCUAAGUUUCGUACUUCUGGCCUGCCUUUGGCAGCGUGUGUGUUCGUGUGGCUUGGAGCUGUUUUCUUACGAAACAAGUAUUAGCAAAUGUUCAGCGGUUGCGCUUCACCAUUUUAUUUUUUUAGACUUGCUUUCCAAAUUGGCUUACAAAGUUCGAAUGCAUUCAAUCUUUCUUUCAAAACAAAACCAAAACGCAGCAAUAAACGAAGCCGCAAGUAUGAUUCGCCGCCCGCAAGUAAGAAGACUAGGCAAAUGUGUGUACGACCCAUCAUUCCCAUGGUCGCUGAACGAUCGCAGCGCCAGAGUGCCCUCUAGUUAAUUUUGAGAAAUUCUAUGGGAACAGAUACACAGAAAACGCCAUCUGUUGGUCAGUGUUGUUUGCCAACGCCAGAAACAAGGGAAGCUUCCUUGGUUUGUAAAAGGCUGUAACAAAACAUGUAAUGCUUCCGAGCUCAAAGUGGAUGGCUAGUUUGUACGAUAUCUGAAUAAAGCGUUUUUAAUUAAGCCCAA